CUUCCGCCUGUUCUUCCUGUUUCCGUCAACACACGUGUGUGUAUGUGUGGCUGCAGUACAUCAGAGAAGCUCAACAGAACCCGACCAGAACCCGCUAGUACCCACAGUGUCCGGUCCUGAACCGGGUUUCAGUCCGCCAUGUUGGAUCAGCUGGGUUUCAUCGGGACGAUCCGGGACGACGAGGAGAGCCCGGAGGAGCCCGACACCGAGUCCGAGCAGGAGGACCAGCCGAUCGUUCUGAACAGGAAGAAGAAGUUCGGGAGUCGCGGGGUGAAAGACUUCAACGCCGACUUUGAGUUUGGAGAGCGCGACGUGCUGAGUCAUGGUGAAGACUGGGCGAUGGCCGACGUCAUGAAGCAGCUCAAGAACAAGAGGACUGCGACCACUCUGGACCAGAAGAUCGAGAAGAUCAGGAAGAAGAGGAAAGCUGAGGAGAAAUCAGGCGAGGAGGCUGAAGGAUCAGCAGAGAAGAACCAGGACGAUGAGGAGGAGGAUGUGAAGCCUCCUGAAGGAGAGGACGACGGAAACGAGGACAGUGAUGAAGAGGAGGACGAGGAGAGUGAAUUUGACUCAGAAGACGAGCAGAUUUUAACUAAAUCAGACACUCUGAGAGACAAAGAACGACGAGGGAAGAAGAGGAAGCUGGAGGAGGGGGAGGCUCCGGAGUCGUACUACGAAGACGCCUCUCAGUUUGACGAUAAGAUGACGUUUGAUGACAUGAACCUCUCCCGACCAAUCCUGAAGGCCAUCACAGCGGUGGGCUUCAAGCAGCCGACUCCCAUCCAGAAGGCGUGUGUACCUGUCGGCCUGCUGGGCAGAGACCUGUGCGCCUGCGCCGCCACCGGGACAGGGAAGACGGCAGCCUUCAUGUUGCCCGUGUUGGAGCGUUUGGUUUAUAAACCCAGGACGUCCCAGGUGACCCGGGUUUUGGUUCUGGUUCCCACCAGAGAGCUGGGGAUCCAGGUUCACUCUGUGGCCCGUCAGCUGGCCCAGUUCACCUCUAUCACCACCUGCCUGGCUGUCGGUGGGUUGGACCUGAAGUCUCAAGAGGUGGCGUUGAGGGCGGGGCCAGACGUUCUGAUAGCUACACCUGGUCGGCUGAUCGAUCAUCUUCACAACACGCCGACCUUUGAGCUGGCGCAUAUCGAGAUCCUGAUCCUGGAUGAGGCCGACAGGAUGUUGGACGAGUACUUUGAGGAGCAGAUGAAGGAGAUCAUCAGGAUGUGUGCCUACAACAGACAGACCAUGUUGUUCUCCGCCACCAUGACAGAGGAGGUGAAGGACCUCGCUGCGGUGUCGUUGAAGCAGCCAAUCAGAAUCUUUGUAAACAGUAACACAGACGUCGCUCCGUUUCUGCGACAAGAGUUCGUCAGAAUCCGACAGAACAGAGAGGGAGACAGAGAGGCCGUGGUGGCAGCUCUGCUGACUCGGACGUUCCAGGAUCACGUGAUGUGUUUCACUCAGACCAGGAAACAGGCUCACAGACUGCACAUCCUGCUGGGACUGAUGGGACUGAAAGUCGGAGAACUGCACGGAGAACUGAGCCAGAACCAGAGAUUAGAGAACCUCAGGCGUUUCAAAGACGAGCAGAUCGAUAUCUUGGUGGCGACCGACGUGGCAGCCAGAGGGUUGGACAUCGACGGCGUCAAAACGGUGAUAAACUUCACCAUGCCGUCCACAGUGAAGCACUACGUCCACCGUGUCGGCCGGACGGCGAGGGCCGGGCGUUCUGGGCGGUCUGUGUCUCUGGUGGGAGAGUCUGAGAGGAAGAUCCUGAAGGAGGUGGUGAAGUCUGCAAAGACCAGCGUGAAGGCUCGAGUCCUGCCGCCAGAGGUCAUUCUGAAGUUCAGAGAUCUGAUCACCAAAAUUGAGAAAGACGUCGGAGCUGUGAUGAAGCUGGAGAGAGAGGAGAGAGAGCUGGCUGCGUCUGAGGCCAAGUUGAGUGUGGCUCAGAAGCGUCUCGAUGGCUCCGCCUCCUCGACUGAGGCUCAGAGAGUUUGGUUUCAGACUCAACAGGAGAGAAAACAGAGCCGAGUGUCGAAGGCUCUGCAGGACUUCGAUCUCGCUCUCAGAGGGAAGAAGAAGAGAGAAAAGUUCCUGAAGGACGGUGGGAAGAAGGAGCUGACGCCUGAGGAGCGCGCUCAGUUCGAGAUCCUGAAGGCCCAGAUGUUUGCCGAGCGGGCGGCCAAAAGAGACAGACGACCGAAGAGAGCGAGAGCGAUGGCGGAGGAAGAGACGCCGAUUACAGCGGCCAAAAAACAAAAAACAGGAAAAGGAGGAAAGAAGUCCGUGUUCGACAAAGAGCUGACCAACACGAGCAGCAAGGCGCUCAAACAAUACAGAGCGGGACCGUCUUUCGACGACAGGAAGCGUCUUGGUAUGGACAGGAAGCGUCCAGGUGGGGACAGGAAGCGUCCCGGCAUGGACAGGAAGGGUCCUGGUGGGGACAGGAAGCGACCAGGUAUGGACAGGAAGGGUCCAGGUGAGGACAGGAAGCGACCAGGUAUGGACAGGAAGGGUCCAGGUGAGGACAGGAAGCGUCCAGGUGGGGACAGGAAGGGUCCAGGUGGGGACAGGAAGCGUCCCGGUAUGGACAGGAAGGGUCCAGGUGGGGACAGGAAGCGUCCCGGUAACUCCAGAUUCAAGAAGUGAGAGCCAAGAUGGCCGCCUGGAGCAGCAGUUUCCCCUCCUGGACUUUUCCACUCAGUCUUUACCUUCACUCUGUAAAUCUUUUUCAUUCGUUUUGUUUGUUGAAGAAGUUUUAAAUAAAGUUAUGUGUAUUAAAAAAA